AUGUCUGCUCUUCAAGAAUAAUACCUAAAAAACUACACAUCGUGUCCAAGAUGCAACACGUUUAUGUGCUCUUGGCAAGACGUUUCUUACACGUUCCAUUUUGUAACUGCGUUUUCACUUCCAAUCUACCUAUUUGGAGGUUAUUGUAUUCUAUACAAAAGUUCGAAGGAAAUGUCUUCCUAUCGAGUUCCGCUUCUCAAUUUUCAUGUUUGGACAUGUCUUGUGGAUGUGUUUUUGCAUUGUUGCCUGGCGCCGUAUAUAUUUUUGCCAUCUCUCUCCGGAUUUACAGUUGGCUUGUUUAAUUUUUUGGGUGUUCCACCGAAAAUACAGAUUUGGCUGGUAUUACAAAAUAUGCAUUGGAUGCUAACAUCUACAACAAUAUUGGUAGAAAAUCGAAAAAACGCGAUUCCAUCCAACAAGUUCAAAAUAACUCGGAAAAGUACAAAAACGAUGUAUUACCUUGCAAAAGUACUGAUGGGGACAUUUUAUGCAGCGUCAACCGUACUUUUCUUCCCAGCAAAUCAAGAAGAAGCGCUUUUUGAAGUACUCAGACGGCUUCCAUGUCCUGCGCAAGAAUUUUUCACUGCUUCCAAAAUGUUUGUUUGGUGUAUAGAUAAGGAUUACAUCCCGCUUAUAAUUGCCUUGACAACAAUUUCGUUCGUUCAUCUCGUUCACCUCGAAAGCGACACAAAAAUUGCAAAUUAAAUUUUUGGCAAGCAAUCUACUACAAAUUUUUGUUCCGAUGUUAUUCUUGUUCCCAACAGCAUUCUAUAUUUGGUUUGCUGUUUAUUUUAAUUAUCAUAAUCAAGCAUUAACCAAUUUAUCAUUUGUUUAUUCUUCAAUUCAUGGUUUAAUUUCUACAUUCACUGUACUUAUUAUUCAUUCUCCGUAUCGUCAACAGGAACCAAAACAGUUCGUGAGAAAUAUAGAAAUAUAAUCUAUGAAAUAUUAUCAAAUAAUUCUGUUUUCCCCUUUCAAAUUAAACGUUUUAUGUUCAUAA